UCAUGUGUUCUAAGCGAACCCUCGCGCUUCCAGAAGUGCAAGAAGAGGACGACGAAGAGACUGCAUCUAACGGCGGUCAAAAUCAACAGUCGCAAUUUCAAGUGCAGAUAAUUGUAACGCCCAUACAGGGAUGUGAUGGGGGCGCAGAGAUACGGGUCAUGGGGGGCACUCCGAGAGCCACGACUAGAAAGCUUCCUCCAAUACACACGCACGGUAAUUCAAGGCGCAGUUCACUAGAGUCUCCAUCUGCAUAUUCCAUAUCCAACAGUGUCGAAUCAAGGAGCAGCAACUUUAUCGAUUUUAAUGGCUCUAAGUAUAAAACAUAUCGCAAAGUGGGUAGAAAGUUUAUUAACCGAUCUCCAAUAUUGAAGAAUGACGGCGCGAACUCACCGACUAUGCCACCGCCGCAAAUUACAGGCGAUCAAAUUUCUGAUUACCUCAUCAGCCAUCCGGAUUUCCUGGAGCGCUACGUUAUGGACGAGGUUGAAGUGGAGCAACUGGAAAGGUGGAUCAUACGUAAAUCUCAACGUUUAAAAAAGAAACCGGAAAGUGCGAGUAGAAACGGCCGGAAAACCAGUCUUUCGAGAUGGAAGUUUUGUGUCCACGCCGACAAACGGCAGAUGCUCCAGGAUCUUACUCACAGUCUACAACUGAGGCCUACGAAGGAUCACGUCUUGUGGGAAUUGGCCAACUGCAUUUGUUCCGCCGUCAAUGCAGACGGGUUUAGGUUGUAUCUGGUGGAUAAAGGUGAUCCCGAAAGUUUAGCCCUCUUUUUAGGAAUUGAGUGCAAGAAUGAAAAUGGAGAACCGAAGUUACAGAAAAUAAAAAGUGGAGUCAGUGUUCCAUUGUAUGUUGCCAAAACUCUUGAACCUGUUAGACUUUCCAGGGGCGAAGCUGACCCUCGUUUUCCGGAUGGAAUACCAAACGAUGGGGACAUUGCUCAUGUAUUAUGUCAAGCGUUAAUGCAGCCCGACGGUCAAUUAGCUGCAGUCCUCGAAAUGUGGCGUCGCGAACAUGAAGGUUCCUUCCACGAAGAGGACGAGGAAAUCGCAUCCAGUUAUCUAGUCUGGGGAGGGAUAGCUCUUCACUACGCCCACCUUUAUCUCAACAUGAACAAGCAGAAGAAACUAAACGAUUUUCUCCUGGCAGUCGUCAAAUCGAUUUUCCAAGAUAUGGUCAGCAUGGACAUGCUGGUGAUGAAAAUAAUGAACUUUGCUCAAAGACUGGUGGAUGCGGAUCGAGCAUCCCUAUUUUUGGUUGACAAUAAAAGCAAAGAAUUAUAUGCCACUAUAUUUGAUGUGGGAGUUGAGAAAGAUGAGGUCGAAUGUUCGAAUGGCAGCGGUGACAACGAAGAGUUUGUAAAAGUCGACACGUCAAAGGAGAUUCGGUUUCCUCUAGGGACGGGAAUCGCAGGACAGGUGGCUAUGACCGGGGAAGUUCUCAACAUCAAAGACGCAUAUGCUGAUUCGAGGUUUAACCGCACGGUCGAUCAACUUACAGGUUAUCGAACCAAGACCAUAUUGUGUAUGCCAAUUUUUAUAAGAGGAUCAGUCAUCGGAGUGGUCCAGAUGGUGAACAAACAUUCCGGCCUAUUUACCAUCGAGGACGAGGAAGCCUUCGAAAUGUUUGCCGUUUAUUGUGGACUGGCCUUACAUCACGCCAAACUCUACGACAAAAUCCGAAAAUCCGAACAGAAAUAUAGAGUGGCUCUCGAAGUAUUAAGUUACCACAAUAGCUGCACCGAAGAGGAAUAUCAAAUUGCAGUGCGAGAAGGAAUUCCCGAGAAAAUUGUAGGAAUCGACGAUUACUACUUCAAUCCCUUCCAAAUCGAAGAUUUUCAUAAAGCCAUCUACGCAAUGUACAUGUUCAUCGACCUCUUCGGCCUCGGCAAAUUCGACAAGAAUUGCCUCAUGAGGUUCUCAUUGACUGUAAAAAAGAAUUACAGAAGGGUGCCGUAUCAUAAUUGGACUCACGGCUUCUCCGUUGCCAACUCCAUGUACAGCCUCAUAAAGCAUUCGGCGGGCGCUUUUCGGCCUAACGAAUGCUUGGCAUUAUACAUAGGGGCACUGUGUCAUGAUCUCGACCACCGCGGGAAAAACAACAAAUUUAUGUUGGACACGGAAUCCCCGCUGGCAGCUAUCUACUCCACAUCGACGAUGGAACAUCACCAUUUCAAUCAAACAGUCACCAUAUUACAACAGGAGGGCCAUAAUAUCUUUGCCAAACUCUCGAGUUCAGAGUACAAACAAGUCCUAAGUUUGCUUAAGCACUGCAUCCUCGCCACCGACUUAGCAGUGUUCUUCCCCAACAAAGCCAAAUUGAGCCAACUGGUCCAAAACAAUUCGUUCUCGUGGAACAACUUGGAGCACCGGUUAUUACUGCAAGCCAUCUCCAUGACCGGCAGUGAUCUCAGUGCGAGUGCCAAGCCGUGGGAUAUCCAAGUCGAAACCGUUAAAGUGAUUUUUGAGGAGUUUUAUGAGCAAGGAGAUGCCGAAAGACAGGCGGGGAGGAUGCCGAUUCCGAUGAUGGAUAGGCACCAACCUGACCAGCAAGCCGCCUCUCAAGUGGGGUUCCUAACUGGCAUUUGUGUUCCUUGUUAUAGUUUGCUAUAUACCUUAAUUCCCGAAACCAAACCUUUAUUAGACAUGUGUCAGGAAAACUUGGAGCGUUGGCGGAAAAUCGACAAUGAAAUCAAAGAGAAAGAAAUAAAAAACUAAAUCAAAAUCAAUCAUAAUAACCAACAAUGUCUCAGAGCACGUUCCUCCUUUUUAGAAAAAACCUUCGUUGUCGUUUAUUGUCAGAACAAAUGUUUUAAUGUUUCGUUAAGAGAUGUAUGUAAUUUAGAAAUUUUAACCAUUAGUAGUGCCUUUAGGUUUUAUAGUAAAUUAUAAAAUAAUUUUAUUUUUGUAUCUUUUUUUUUCGAAUAGUAAGUAAUAAAUGUGAGUAUAUUUCAAAUUUUCUAAACUGUGAAUGCUUAAAACUGUAUACACUAUAAACCGUAAAGUGAGCAAUAUUUAUUUAUAUCGAAUAUUUUCCAUUUACAAAAAAUCUAAAUAAUUUUUGAAUUACUCUUAAACAUUUUUCUACAGUAUUGAUAUCAUAGGGAUUUAAAAAUAUAUCUGACCAACACUGUACAUACAACAUUUUUAAACUUAUGUAUCUCUUUUUAAAGUGUCUUUGAAAAACAGGAUGUUGGAUAGAAAACGUCUACUAUAAAAUGUGGUCACAAAAAAUUUACGAGCUAACGGUACAAUUAAUUGAAAGUCGUUAAUUCAUUUUAUAGCCAUAUUUGUAGAUUUGUAACUACAUACUUUAUUGUAUUUUCGACAUUUUCUAUUAAACGUCGCUGAAAAUUAUCUAUUUUGUAUAUAAUAUUCAAUUAGUUGAAAUCUUUUUAACUCGAUAGUUAAGAUGUAUUUAUUAUUACAUAAUAUUGUUUCUAGUCCUCAUACGUGCUGUAACGUUUUCUUAACAUUAAUUUUGUUUUAACUUUAAGUAGGAUAGUUUAUUAGAUGAUGAAAUUGUUUUUGUGUACCUACCUAUUUUAUGUCUCCAAAUAAAAAUUAUUUGUCUUUACUUUAUUUGAAUUAAACUAAAACGAAUUAAAAAGUCAGUACACUUUUGUUUAUUUUGUCAAAGAAACGAAAACCUUACUCGUCUUUUUACAUUUUAGAGAUUUCAAGAAAAAACUAGUAAUGAUUUCAAAUAAACCACUCUGUAUAAAACAUGAGUCAUUUGAUGUAUUAUGUUGUAUAAGUAUUCCUAGUUGUCUGCCACCAAUAAUGCACUGACAUCUUAUUUUUUAAAAGUAGACAUUAGUCAAUGGAAUUGUGGAAUGUAUUUUGUGUUGCUUGUCAUCUUAGUCUGUACAUUUAAAAACAGAUCAUAAAUAAUUUAAAAAAUAUUGUUUAGAACAAUGUUGUAUUGCCUUGUCGGUCAUUAAAAUUUGGUGUUUUUAUA